AUGACGUCAUUAAAACUUCAGACAGGUUUAAGUCACGCGUGUGCAAACGGUUUCAUGCCUAUUUUAGAGUUGCUGAUGAAGUUGGAAGAUGUCGACGUCAACCUACCGGAUAAUGAAGGCAACACUCCACUCAUAUAUGCCGCUCAAGCAGGUCACGAGGAGGUGGUCAGUUACUUGUUGCGUUACUUUCCAAGUUUGCGAGUGGACGAGGCGAACGUCAGCGGGUUCACUGCCCUCAUGAAGGCCGCCAUCCAGGGCAGAACAAAAACUGCAAAACUUUUGCUCUUUGCCGGUGCCAAUCCAAACCGCCGAGACAACGGCAGACGAUUGUGCGCCUCUGAGUGGGCUCGUUUCUGUGGAAGAUAUUCAUGCGCAGAUUCCAUCGAAAAAUACAUUCGCAGCAAAAAAUAUUUCAUCGCUAAAACAUUUUUUCUCUCUAAGGAUAAAUGGAAGAGUGAGCCGGAUCUGGUUGUAGACACAAAUAAAAGAAACAACAAAAACAGACGAGGGUCGAAUGUAGUAGACGCAGUUGCCGUUUCAAACGCCUGUCAGAACAACAGCAGCGGUAGCACUGAAGGCACUCACAACAAAGGUAGGAGAGACAGUUUUGGAUGGCUGCACAGACAUCUGAGCAUGAAAAAGAAGCCACCUGUCAAAAAUCAGAAGAGACAGUCGUUGUCCCUUUACUUGGAGCUGCAAAUCGCUGCCAUCGCUGGUUCAGUACCGAUGUUGAUCAGAUCGUCAUCGAGUUUGAACGAAGAAUGCAGUAGCAGUAAAAGUUUCGUUGGUGAUGAAUGUGGAGAUGCAAGUGUUGGAGGUGGCUACGUAGGAAAUGGAGAAGAUGCGAUUGAGAAAACGAUGCUGAAGAUGUCUCAAGACAUUUAUCGAGUUUGUUGCCAGCUGAACAGCAGCUCAAUGAAUAAUAAUCACCCACCGAGCUUGAACAGCACUGUUCCACACCAGCAGAAAUUGCAACUUGCCGAGAAAUUGGUUCCAACAAUUUGCAUUACUGCCGGAGAUUUACAGCAAGAACCCCAGACAGAAUAUCAACAGCAACAUCAGCAGCAGCAGCAGCAGCAACAACUACAACAACCAAAUGAAAUUUCUCUAUCAACAACGGAACCAAAAAAUAUUAAUGAAGAAACUGACCAACCAUAUGAACAAAAAUCUGCUGAACAUGAUGACCAGACUACAAAAAAAAUCCUGUGCUACAAAAUUAAAUAA